AUAAUUCUUCUUUCUGGAGAAGUAGUAGGAUACCGCCAUGAUACCGACCGCGAGCUCAUCUUCCGUCAAGAAUCCAACUUCUACUACCUGUCUGGAUGCUCCGUGCCAUCUUCUCUCCUUCUAGCGGUUUAUCAACCCGGAGCUUCAACACCCUCCGUCGAGCUUUUCAUUCCAAAAGCGCAGCUCGCAGACAUCAUGUGGUCCGUCCCACCCCCGUCUCUCGAGGAAGCAAGUGAAAAGCACGAUGUUUCUCGCGUUGCCCAUCCUGAGCAACUCCCAGAAGCAAUAGCCUCCCUAUUGAAGUCAUUCCCUGGAUCUUUAUUCCACACCCUUCCUAAGGCAUCCCCGCUGUUCCCCGCACUUUCAGAAGGACUCACGCAGCCCAUCUUGGCUACUGAAGGCGGAGCGGUAACCGAUGCCUACCUCUUAUCAGCUCUCCACCACGCCCGGUUGACAAAGGACCCAGAUGAGAUUGCGGAAAUUAGGAAGGCUAAUGAGAUCAGCAGCCGCGCACACGAAGUUGUCAUGCGUGUGCUUGGACAGGCUAAAGAGGCCGAGGCAGAAGCUAUAUUUGUGGCUUCGUGCAGGAGAGAAGGAUCUAUUCACCAAGCCUAUCCCCUGAUCGUAGCCGCUUCCACAAGAGCAUCGACGCUGCACUACUGCUGCAACGACCGCGAGUUCUCAUGGGGGCCCGAGCUUGACCCGCAAGUUUUGCUCAUCGACGCUGGCUGCGAAUGGAAUUGUUACGCCUCCGACAUUACGCGUACGAUGCCAGUUGGGAACAGCGGCAAGUUCACCCCAGAAGCCCGCGCAAUUUACGAGCUGGUGCUUAAAAUGCAGAAGCUUUCCUUCGAAGCUCUCAAACCGGGGCUUCACUGGGACGCCAUCCAGCUAAUCUGCCACCAGACCCUCGUCCAAGGCUUCCAGGCCCUUGGGAUCUUCAAGAGCCCUUCGUCCCCCGGAUCAGGGUCUUGGAACUCCGAAGAGGCUAUCCUCGCCUCAGGCAUCAGUGCCGCCUUCUUCCCGCACGGAGUUGGCCACUCACUUGGCAUGGACGUGCACGAUGUUCCAAGCGCUAGCAAACCGGUCAGCUUUUACACCUACCUACGACUGAGGCUUCCGCUAAAGGCUGGCAUGGUCGUGACGGUGGAGCCGGGGAUUUAUUUCUCUCCACAUCUGCUAGCUGCCGUACGCGGCUCCAAGCACAUCGACCAUGAUGUCCUCAAGAGAUACGAGAGUGUUGGAGGUGUAAGAAUUGAGGAUGUUGUGGUGAUCACGGAGACGGGACACGAGAACUUGACCACUGUCAGGAGCGAUGUCGAGUGGGUUGAGGCGGUUUGUUCUGGGAAUGCAUGA